AUGGUCCGGAAGCCUUGUGUGGCCGUCACCUACAGCCUCAACACCGAAUUUUGGACUGGCCAAAUUUUCUUCUAUGACUCCAAAUACAAAAUGAGCGGUCUCAUGAAUAUCCUGCUCAUCGGGCGAGGCGGUCGAGAAAGCGCACUUGCCCUCAGCUCCCCCAGUCUUCUCAGGUUAGAAGGAUUUUCGUGGCUCCAGGUAACGGGGGCACAGCAGCAGGCAUCGAUCGACAAGGUCUCUGAUAUCGAUGGAACAAGCGAAGAUGGUUUUCCGGGACUUGUCCAACGGGCCAGAGACAUGAGCAUAGAUUUGGAUCAGUCCUCUGCCGUUGUCAUUGUCUCCGCUGGUGGAUAUCCAGGAAAGUACGCAGGCGACGACAAGAUCAAUAUGGGGCACCGGCAUUCAGUGAAAGAGAAUGGCGAUCUUGUCACUGCUGGCGGACGUGUUAUUGCGGUCUCGGCUGCAUGUCUAGCCUACCAAGGAGUUGCAUCGAUCAAGUUCAAAAACAUGCACUACAGGAAGGACAUAGCGUACAGAUCUGGCCGCGAGAACCCGGAUUUCGUGACCGCCGUGUUUGGUGAAUCGACGGGAAAGCAAAUGUUCGUUUGA